AUGGUGUUUGCCUUGGAGGAAAUCAAUCGUAAUAGCACCCUGCUACCAGGAGUAAAGCUUGGCUACCGUAUACUAGAUAGCUGUUUCAAUUCCCUCUGGGCUCUGCAAGCCGCACUGUCACUGAUCGGAGGAGACGCACACAGCUGUGGUCAGUCUGUUCCUUUGCUUAUUGGUGCUGCGUCGUCAACAACAACCCUCAUUCUGUCCCGGAUCCUUGGGCCUUUCUCCGUGCCACUUAUCAGCUACUUGGCAAGCUGCCCCUGUCUUAGUGACAGAUACAAGUUUCCAAACGUCUUCAGAACAAUCCCCAGUGAUGUAUACCAAGCCAGAGCCAUGGCACAACUGGCCAUACGCUUCCGCUGGACUUGGAUAGGAGCCGUGGUUAUAAACAAUGAUUAUGGUAAUUUGGCGGUACAGACAUUUCAGAGAGAGACUCAGGGGAAAGGGGUGUGUUUGGAGUUUAUAGAGACUGUUGGCAGAGAAACUAUUGUGAGUGACGCCAGACGUGCAGCCCUCAAAAUCCAAGCUUCGACUGCGAAGGUCAUUCUGAUCUUUUGCUGGUAUACAGAUGUAAAGAAGGUAUUUCUGGAACUAGCAAAGAUAAAUGUGACAAACAGACAGUUCCUAGCCAGUGAGGCUUGGAGCACAAGUGAUGAACUUCUCAAUGAUCUUGCCAUCUCUAAAGUGGCAAGUGGUGUUCUUGGUGUGGCGAUUCGAAGUUCAAAAAUACCCGGAUUUGAAAACUAUCUCAGGAGUUUGCACCCAACUCGUCGUCCUGAGGAUGAUUUCUUACGAGAAUUCUGGGGAAUGGAGUUUGGAUGCAGUCCAGGAGCUACACAAUCACAGGCAAAAGCUUCACUUCCACCCUGCAGUGGCAAAGAGUCCCUGGAGGAAGUGCAGAAUCACUUCACUGACACCUCCCAGCUGAGGGUGGCAUAUAAUGUUUAUCUUGCUGUUUAUGCUACAGCCCACGCCCUCCACAGCCUUCUGUCCUGCCCCAACAGAGACAGCUCAUCUGGAAGAACCUCCAGCUGCUCUUCUUCAAAACAGAUCAAACCCUUUGAGCUGUUGCAGACUUUGAACAAAGUGAACGUCACCACACCACAAGGGGAAAGGUUUUUUUUCCAAGGUGCUGACAUCCCAGCAAAGUACGACCUUGUUAACUGGCAGAACACCCAUGAGGGUUCACUCAAACUUGUUUUGAUUGGUCGUGUUGACGGGUUUGACCUCCACCUUAAUGAGUCAGCAAUUGAGUGGAACACAGGAUCCAAUCAGGUGCCUGUUUCGGUGUGCAGUGAGAGCUGCCCCCCAGGCACCAGAAAGGCAAACAGGAAAGGAAAACCUCCCUGCUGCUUCGACUGUAUCCCAUGUGCUGAAGGAGAGAUAAGCAAUCAAACUGGUUCCCUUCUUUGUGAGCAUUGUCCAUCUGAGUUUUGGUCCAAUGUAGAACAAACUGCCUGCAUCCCUCGACAGCUGGACUUCCUUUCCUUUAAUGAAACCUUAGGAAUUACUCUGACAACAGCAGCUGUGUCUGGUGCAGCAGUAACAACAGCUGUGUUUGUGCUUUUUCUUUAUUACCAUCAAACACCAGUGGUGCGAGCCAACAAUUCAGAACUGAGCUUCCUGCUUCUCCUGUCGCUGAAGCUCUGCUUCCUGUGCUCUCUGGUGUUCAUUGGUCGUCCAUCAGUGUGGACUUGUCGGUUCCAGCAGGCAGCAUUUGGGAUCAGUUUUGUCCUUUGUGUCUCCUGCCUGCUGGUCAAAACUCUCGUAGUUCUUGCUGUUUUCCGUUCCGCUCGGCCUGGUGCUGGAGCCUUGAUGAAAUGGUUUGGUCCAGGCCAACAGAGAGGAAGUGUCUGCCUCUUUACAUCUAUACAGAUUAUAAUCUGUGCUACGUGGCUGUCCCUCAGCCCCCCUGUGCCUCAGCGAGAUCUUGGUUUCCAAGGGUCAAAGGUCACCCUUGAAUGUGCCAUGUCUUCUGUGGUGGGCUUUUCCCUGGUUUUGGGCUACAUUGGUCUGCUGGCUUGCACCUGCCUCCUCUUGGCCUUUUUUGCUCGGAAACUCCCUGACAACUUCAAUGAGGCCAAACUGAUCACCUUCAGCAUGCUGAUAUUCUGUGCUGUCUGGGUUGCUUUUGUCCCUGCAUACGUUAGUUCUCCUGGAAAGUAUGUUGUCGCUGUGGAGAUUUUUGCAAUCCUGGCAUCUAGCUACGGUUUGCUGUUCUGCAUUUUUGCCCCAAAAUGUUUCAUUAUCCUUUUGAGGCCUGAGAAAAACACAAAGAAACACCUGAUGCCUGGUGUCAUGCACUGGUUCAUGUUUGCAUCCAUGUCUUGGUUCUCCUGGCUCUUCACUCUGAGGCUGUGCUCAGUCCCAUUGCUGCUCCUAGUUGGGUUUGUGGGCAGUCAGCUGGGGCUCAGGCUGGGAUUACAGAUGGUUCAGACAGCGACUUGUUCACGGUGGGGGACACCGAGCGAUAAGGGUCUGUUCAAGGAGGGAGAUGUAGUAAUUGGUGGGCUCUUUAGUCUUUUUUACAAUCCUCCCGUUAAAGACAACAGCUUCACUGAGCUGCCACACAACAAACAUUGCACUGGUUUGGAAUACCUUCCAUUACAGUAUAUUUAUGCUAUGGUGUUUGCGCUGGAGGAAAUCAAUCAUAGUACUACCCUGCUGCCAGGUGUGCAGCUGGGCUACCAUAUUCGUGAUAGCUGUGCCCUACCCUCUUGGGCCAUGCAGGCAGCACUGUCGCUUGUUGGAGGAAACAGUGCCACCUGUGAUUUAACAGCUCCGGCAAUGUCAUCAGGUGAUCAGCCUGUUCCUUUGAUCAUUGGUGGUUCUUCGUCUAUAACAGCCAUAAUACUCUCAAGAAUCCUGGGGCCACUCUCCAUACCUUUAAUGAGCUACACAGCCAGCUGCCCCUGUUUAAGUGAUAGACUCCAGUAUCCUAACUUCUUCAGGACAAUGCCCAGUGAUAUUUACCAAGCCCGGGCUAUUGCCCAACUUGCAAUACGUCUAAAUUGGACCUGGAUCGGAGCAGUGAUAGCAAACAACGAUUAUGGCCAUGUGGCAAUAAAGGUAUUUCAGGAGGAGACGCAGGGGGCAGGGGUGUGCCUGGCGUUCAUAGAGACUCUGCAAAGGGAAAACAUUGAGAUGGAUGCCAGACGAGCAGCCCUCACAAUUCAGGCCUCAACUGCGAAGGUGAUUCUGAUCUUUACCUGGUACACAGAUGUGAGGGAGCUGUUUCUGCAACUUGACAACAUAAAUGUGACUGACAGACAGUUUCUGGCCAGUGAGGCUUGGAGCACCAGUGGUAAUCUGCUCCAAGAUCCUAUCACUUCUAAAGUGGCAAGCGGUGUUCUUGGUGUGGCUAUUCGAAGUUCAGCAAUACCUGGAUUUGCACAUUUUGUCAGAAGUUUGAACCCCUCUUUACGUCCUGAUGAUAAGUUCUUAUGGGAAUUCUGGGAAAUGGUGUUUGGUUGUAGUCCUGGGGCCUCACCACUCUCUACGAGUUCACCGUCUCCCACAGACAGAUUGUCUCAGAAAGCUUCCCUCCCACCGUGCAGCGGCAUAGAGUCCCUGGAGGAAGUGCAAAAUCAAUUCACUGACACCUCUCAGCUAAGAGUGACAUAUAAUGUUUAUCUUGCUGUUUAUGCUACAGCCCACGCCCUCCACAGCCUUCUGUCCUGCCCCAACAGAGACAGCUCAUCUGGAAACCACGGCUCCACCUGCUCCUCUCCAAAACAGAUCAAACCCUUUGAGGUGUUGCACCACUUGAACAACUUGAAUUUCACAACACCACAGGGGGACAUUUUUUAUUUUCAAGAGGGGGAAACUCCAGCAAAGUAUGACCUUGUUAACUGGCAGAGCACCCCUGAGGGAUCGCUCAAACUCGUUUUGAUUGGACGUGUUGACGGGUUUGACCUCCACCUUAACCAGUCAGCUAUUCAGUGGAGCACAGGAUCCAAUCAGGUGCCUGUUUCAGUGUGCAGUGAGAACUGUAUCCCAGGUUUCCGAAAGGCCAACAGGAAGGGAGAACCUCUGUGCUGCUUUGACUGUAUCCCAUGUGCUGAAGGAGAGAUAAGCAAUCAAACUGGUUCCCUUAUCUGUGAGCGUUGUCCAUCUGAGUUUUGGUCCAAUGUUAAACGAACUGCCUGCAUCCCUCGCCAGCUGGACUUCCUUUCCUUUAAUGAAACAUUGGGCAUUAUCCUGGCUACAGUAGCUGUGUCUGGUGUUUCUGUGACAACAGCUGUGUUUGUAGUUUUUAUUUACUACCGUCAAACACCUAUGGUGCGAGCCAACAAUUCAGAACUGAGCUUCCUGCUUCUCCUGUCGCUGAAGCUCUGCUUCCUGUGCUCUCUGGUGUUCAUUGGUCGUCCAUCAGUGUGGACUUGUCGGUUCCAGCAGGCAGCAUUUGGGAUCAGUUUUGUACUUUGUGUCUCCUGCCUCCAAGUCAAGACCAUAGUAGUUCUUGCAGCUUUCCGCUCCACUCAGCCUGGUGCUGGAGCCUUGAUGAAGUGGUUUGGUCCAGGCCAACAGAGAGGAAGUGUCUGCCUAUUUUCCUGUAUACAGGUUUUCAUCUGUAUUAUUUGGCUGUCCCUCAGCCCCCCUGUGCCUCAAGCUGACUUGGCUAUUCCAGGGUUAAAGGUCACGCUGAAGUGUGCCAUGUCCUCUGUGGUCGGCUUCUCCCUGGUUUUGGGCUACAUUGGUCUGCUGGCUUGCACCAGUCUCCUCUUGGCAUUUCUUGCUCGGAAACUUCCUGAUAACUUCAAUGAGGCCAAACUGAUCACCUUCAGCAUGCUGAUAUUCUGUGCUGUCUGGGUUGCUUUUGUCCCUGCUUAUGUUAGCUCACCCGGGAAAUACACUGUUGCUGUGGAAGUUUUUGCAAUCCUGGCAUCUAGCUUUGGUUUGCUGCUCUGCAUUUUUGCCCCCAAAUGUUUUAUCAUUCUUUUGAGGCCCGAGAAAAACACAAAAAAACACCUGAUGGCUAGAUAA